AACAGCAGUUACAUUUUCUGCAAGUUUCAGAAAUAUCACCUUUAUAAGUACACUGACUUAAAGCACAAAUCCCACAUUUGAAAUGCAUCAUGGUAUUAAAUCAAGAUAUAAAUUACGAACGAACUGAAAAAGUAUGAUUAAUUCCACCUGAUUCCCAUUGAUCACAUUGCUGCCAGCGUGCGUGUUGUUAUUUCCUAUAGGACUUGAAUGCAGCAGACGCACAUGCUCAGAGUAUUUCGAUGACGUAUCCUACGUGGCCGACCGGAAGUGUGUUGGGUCCUUCGGUCACUUCCUCGCCGUCGCUUCUUCGCCUUGUUUUAAAAUAAUCUCCGUGAAGUACACCGGGAGAAGAACGAGCAGAACGUUUCGUCGCCGUUCGCUGUCGGACGAACACCACACUCCGCUGGUGGACUGUGCUGUCAUGGCGGAGCAGAGCCACGUUUAGGCGGGGGAACAGUCUCUGGACAGGAUCCCGAUCAAACUGCUGGCACCAUGAGGUGACGACUGUGACAUCUUGUAUUUCUGCCGACGUGGAUUUAUGGCAAGGAUCACCUUCUCCUGCCUGCCGGCCUCCUGGUACUGCAGCGUGUCCCUGCUGUCUCUGGGCUGUGCUCCCAGGCAGAGGCUGCUGCUGCUGCUGCUGCUCUUCAGCGCGUCCGCCAUCUUCCUCCUGGGAACCUACCAGAGGCAGCUGUGGGGCCCACAGCGACGGCCCGGGGCCCAACUCAACAGGUACCUCUCCAUCGCAGAGUCCAUGGAGGCCACUGACGUCCUCAACCCCGCCCUGAAUUACGGGAUUGUGGUGGACUGCGGCAGCAGCGGUUCUCGGGUCUUCGUGUACUACUGGCCCCCUCACAACGGAAACCCUCACACGCUGCUGGACAUCAGGCAGAUGAAGGACCGCGACCGCAAACCGGUGGUCAAGAAGAUCAAACCCGGUAUCUCCACCCUGGCGAAGACACCAGCGCAGGCCAGCGACUACCUGCAGCCUCUGCUGAGCUUCGCCGCUGCUCACGUCCCGCAGAACAAACACAAAGAGACUCCGCUCUACAUCCUGUGCACGGCCGGCAUGAGGCUGCUGCCAGAGAGCCAGCAGGCAGCCAUCUUGGAGGACCUGGUCGCUGAUGUUCCCCUGGACUUUGACUUCCUGUUUUCCCGCUCCCAUGCGGAGGUCAUCUCAGGGAAACAGGAAGGAGUGUACGCAUGGAUUGGCAUUAAUUUUGUGCUUGGUCGCUUUGAUCACGCUGACGAGGAGGACACCACAGUGGAGGUGACAACAGGGUCUCAGAACCAGCAGCCAAUCAGCAGGCGGCGCACAGUGGGCAUCAUUGAUAUGGGCGGAGCUUCUCUGCAAAUCGCCUAUGAGGUGCCCAGCGCCAUCACCUUCAGUUCACCGCAGGAGGAGGAAGCAGGCAAGAGUGUCCUCGCAGAGUUUAAUCUGGGCUGCGACGUUGAGCACACUCAACACGUUUACAGAGUCUACGUCACCACGUUCCUCGGCUUCGGGGGAAACAUGGCCAGGCAGCGCUACGAGGACCAGCUGGUCAACAACACGCUGGCCAAGAACAGGUUUCUCACCAUGCAGACGGGUCUGAGCGAGGACAAACCGUACCUGGACCCCUGUCUGCCGGCCGGCCUGUCGGACACAGUUGUGAGGGACAACCGCACGCUGUACCUGAGGGGUCAGGGCGACUGGACUCGGUGUCAGGAGGCCGUUCGACCCUUCCUGGGCCUCCACAACGGCACCAUGUCCCCGGGGGGCGUCUACCAGGCUCCCAUCAAUUUCAGCAACAGCGAGUUUUACGGCUUCUCGGAGUUCUUCUACUGUACGGAGGACGUGCUGAGGCUGGGAGGACAUUAUGACAGCGAGAAGUACACCAGGGCUGCUGCGGACUACUGCGCCACCAAGUGGUCGACCCUGAAACAGCGUCUGGACAGCAAACUUUUCUCUCAGCAGGCCGACAUCAAUAGACUCAGGUAUCAGUGCUUCAAGUCGGCCUGGAUGUACGAGGUGCUGCACUCCGGCUUCCGCUUCCCCGCCGGCUACCAGAAUCUGAAAACGGCCCAGCUGGUUUAUGACAAGGAGGUCCAGUGGACUCUGGGAGCCAUCCUGUUUAAAACCCGCUUCCUGCCUCUCAGGGACCUGCAGCAGGAAACGCUGCGACAGAACCACCCCAGCUGGCUGCGCUCCUCCUUCGUCUACAACCACCACCUGUUCUCGCUCUGCAUCCUGGUGGUGGUGCUGGCCAUCCUGCUCUACAUCCUGCGCCUGCGGAGGAUCCACCAGCGGGAGCAGCGGCAGGCCGAGGCCCUGAACCUCCUCUGGGCUGAAGAGGGAGAGGCCCUCCUCCCCUGAGAAACGACGUCUGUGAUUGGUCAUAACCUGCAGGGUUUUGUGUCCUCCAUGACGCUUCCUGGAACUGAACCACAAAGCUGCUCAUCAGCCGAGGGUUUGACUGGACCCGUGAGGAUAUAAGGGAAGAAACCAUUACAGUACGGAGACGGUUUGACGAGCCUGGAAAUCAAACUGCUGUCUGCAUCCUUUGUGCAGCUUUAAACACAGAGCCAUGUGUUUUAUUUUAUUUUUUCAUUUUGAUAGAAAUGAAUCAGCUCAUCCAUUUGUUGUAAGAUUCAAAGCCAUUUUAAGCUUACUGUAAUUUCAGUUAACUUGGAUUCACUGGACUGAUAUCAGCUGAGUGGGAAGCGGGAACGAACUGCUUCACUGUGGGAAUAUGGACUUUGAUGAAGACUUUGAUGAGACCCUGUCUGAUGGCACAGAAGAAGGAAAUGCUUCUUUCUGUCCACGAAGACUCCUGUGGUCCAGAGAUGGCUGUGACAUCUCAACCGAUCCAUCGGCCGUUCAUCCUCACUACCGAAUGAAUCCUAACGACUCCGGCGACCUCACGCAUGUCCAGCGUGUCAACACGACCUCCCACACGAAUCAGGUUUUCCUCAGCUGUACUUUCUGAUUUUCUGCUGAUGGCAGUCAUGUUUAUGGAAGACAUUUGUAUGACUGCAAAGCUGGCCAUGUAAGGGUUGAAAAUACAGCGUGCUGACAAUAUGGCACUUAAUUAUUUAACAAUAUAAAUUUAUCACAGUAUGAUGUGAAUGUGGCAUAACAGGACAAGCUAAUUAUUAGCUUGUUACCAAGCUAAUAAGCUGCACCCCUAUUGAAAUGCUUAAUAUUAACAUGCUAAUGUUAGCUGAUCGUUGACAUCUAUAAAGAUGGCCGACACGUCUCCAGUCCUGUCCAAAAAUGAAGUAAACAUGCCCCCGAUAUGAGUGCCGCCAUCUUGCUCUUGCAGCAUCAUUUGAAGCCAGAAUCUGUGCAGAAGUAAUCCAGCAAUGAAGCAACAGCAUGGAGUUCCCACCCACACAGCCGUCUGACCCAAUCAGGAGCAGCGCUCAGCUGUCAGUCAUGUUAGAAUAGAAUAGAAUAGAAUAGAAUAGGUAUUGGUGAAUAUUCUAUUCUAUUCAAAGUCUGAGACUGAAAAAAGCUGAGCCAAGUCUGACAAUGUGGAGCUGAAGCAUCAGAGGCUGAAAUGACCCAAAAUGGCCACCAUACAGGUGUUCAGGUUGCAAACUAACCUUUCACCUCAGGCUCUUUGUUCCACUAUCUAAAAACAGCAACGACAUUUCCUCUACUUUUAUUUUUUUUUUCAUUUAAAAAUUCUGACUGAGAUUAAGCCCAUUUACCUGUCAGACAGGUAACAGAUCUGAACAUCCCCACCUGCACACAGAGAAGACAUACACGAUAAAACUGUAACUCAGCUGGAAACUGACUUCUGUUUCACCUUAAAAUCCUUUUUACCGCCUUCCAGCAGCUGAAAUGUUCAAACCCCAAAGUGAUUCAGUGCUGCACCUCAGAGUGUGUGUGUGUGUGUGUGUGUGUGUGUGUGUGUGUGUGUGUGUGUGUGUUACCAUCUGCAGUACUUCCCUGCCAUCAAAGAUACUGUUUCAUGUGCACCUCCGUCGAUUUCCUCGACAGCAAAUCCUGCAGGCCGAUGAUGUCAGCUGAGCUCAGGCCUCAGACUGCGCUUUGAUACUUGAAUGCCACUGUUGUCCUGCCAAGACCCCCCGUCCAGCGCAGAUUUUUAUCGGCACAAACGCUGAGCCAAGAGGCGUUUUAGCCGACAGAUCUGCUCAGUGUUGGGACGAAGGCGCCGAAAGCAGACGAAGGCCUCGCCGGGCCCGAAUCGAGCAGAUUGUCGUAUGUUUUCCACAGUAACUCCAGAAACUGUCGCGCCGCAGGCCACAACGCACGCCGAUGAUGACAAAGUGUGUUAAACAUUCAAUACGCUUUUAAAAAUGAAAUACUUUAAAGCCAUUUUUGAGGGGGGGGGGGGCUUACCCUGAGGGAGUGUUUCACUCAGUCUUUAUGUCUACUGUAUUUCACAGCUGUGGAUGAAGCCAGUGUUCUGGCUUUUCCUUUGGUAGUCUUAGCUUCGUGUUGAUCUGCUGAUGCAGGUGUGUGUGUGUGUGAGGAGCACCUGGUGAAACCUCCUGACACUUCAUACGAACAAACUCGAGUUGUUGUAGUUGGUGCUGAUGUGAGGAGGAGGAGGAGGAAGGAGCUCUGUGAUGUGACAGAUGAGUUGUGUUGUGUCUGUAACCUCCGUCUCCUCGUGUGGACUUUUCCACUUUUAAAUCCUGAAACAUCAGAUUUCUGUUUUCGUUCAUUUCUUUUGUCUCUGGACGUCCUUCUGGUUCAUCCUGAUUCCUGCUGCUCCUCUGACGUCCCCACGUGUGGACCGGCGGUGGAGUGUGUUUCCAGUGCUGGGCAUUGUGCAAUGUUGAACAGUAAUUCACUGAAGGCAACUUGUGAUGAUUUUAAUUAAGGUACCUCUGACGUCAAUGUGAGUGGAGCCAAUUCCAAUCCAAUAAAGGAUCCUGUUGUAGUAAAAUCA